AUGGGCCUGAGCGCCGCGACAGAGCAGAAACCGCGCGCUUACAUCCUGGAUCUGCCGACUGAGCUCCUGCAGCACAUCGCUGGGAGGUGUGGUGGCGAAACAAUCGUCACCCUACGACUCACCUGCAGAGAGAUUGAAGCGGCUACGCGUGACAUGUGGGCGAAAGAAUACGUCUCGCGACUCGAGUGCUUCAUGUUGGAUCCGGUGCGGUUGAAGAGAGUGAAAGUAAGUGCUAGGACGUCACCUGCUCAAUACUCGAGCACAACUGACCAUGUCUUCUGCCCAGAACAUCCUGUGCGCGGAGUCGUGUUCACGCUAUCGGUUUGGGACUCUUUCACAACCUCACCUCUGUACUUUCGGCGCAGAGCGGCCCUGGCACCUGAAGGCGGUCAAACUCACGAGCAUGCUCUAGGCAUCUUCGAGGACAACUAUGAGGUGGAGCAAUACGACGCCCACGCUUGCGAGUUCGAAGGCCUUCCCCCCAAAGCCGAGACCCUCAUCCUUGAGUGUAUUCGUAUAGCCGCGGCGCUCGAGAACUGUUCCCUGGGUGUCGACACGCAGUGCGAGGACGUCAACUCCCGCAAGAUCUCGAGAUGUCGACCACAGCUGGUCAAGGACAUGAUCGACGUCUCGCUUCGCGAAGGCUGUGCUAUGACUCACCUGAUCAUUUGCGACUCGUUCCCCCUGCAGGCUGCUCAUUUCGAACAAGGAUCUGCCCUCCAGAGUGUCACUAGUGGAAUAGAGUAUCUCUCGUAUCUGCUCAGACCGGGUGAUGAAGAUGCUCUACUAUCAACCUGGACCCAGAACCAUCUCCGCAUCAUGGCACAGGUCCUCGAGAAGGCACAGAAGCUCCACUACCUCCAGAUCAUGAACCAGUCUACCUCGAGAAACGUGGAUUAUGGAGAGGCAAUGCCCGACCUUUUUGCACAAAGUUUCGCAGGCUUCACCACCCUCAAGUCGCUACGGAUACUUCGACUAGACGCUGUCAACCUCAAGGCGCGCACCUUUCAAAAAUUGCUCAUGAGCUGCACCAACACUCUGCACACAAUUGAAGUGAUGUACAUCGGCCUUCUCGGGGAGGAUGAUGUCCGAGGUAAUGUCUUUCGGCUACUGCAUGAUAUGCCCAGAUUGCGAACCCUAUUGGUGCACAGCGUCUACCGGCGCCCGGGCGAAGCUACUGCCUUUGCACGUGAGGGCUGGAGUGCGAUUCGGUGGAAGAAGCCUACUGAUCAGGUGGCAACGCUGUGGAAGGAGAUGGGGGUUAUGAAGUCUGUCGAUGCACGCACGUUCCUUGGGCAGGCUGUCAAGCACGAGAUUGAAUACUACCCGGCCUAA